UCCAAGGGAAAAAGUCUUUUCAGGGCACCAGCCUCCUCAGUGCUUGGACCCCUGAAUACCCUGUCCUGACACCAAGUCACAUACUGCCUGCAUGGACUGCUGCUGCGCUGUUAAUUGUGUCAAGAUGAAGCCAAACAUCACUCUGGAAAGAUAAUAUUUUCUUCGCCUGUCUCACAUCUCAGUUAUUACCUGUCUGAAGUAAAAAGACCUUCAUGUCGACAGCACAGCAGGGAGGAUGGCACCAGCCAAAGGAGCUUAGCACGGCCUCCACUGUUCCUUAAUGCUUUUGGGGAGACGGCUGGAGUGGAUCUGGGAUGCUGUAAGACGCUGAUAUUCAGCUUGCAGGAGAUGAUCUAAGAUGGAGCAGAGCUCGUGCACAGAGGAUCGUAUCACGCACACCCUCGAGCGCUGCCUCAGUGACCUGGGUCUCAACUCUCCUGACAAACAGCUCUGGAGUGCCGGGCUCUGCAUUAACCGCUGGUGUUUGGAGGAACUAGUGAAGCGAGAUCCACAUAACUUCCUCAUCCUACUGCAGCAAAUUCUGAGGAAAACAAAGGAGGUACUGCUGCAGUGUCAGUAUGAGCUGGUGGCGCCCCUCGCUCUCCUGUUCUCAUCAACUCUUCUGAAAGUUCCUUACCUGGCUCCAGACUGCGGCGUGCUGCAGGAGGCGUACCUGCUCUUCCAUUGCUUCCUGUCCUGGCCAGAGCCUUGCUGUUCUGCCAGUAAACGCCUGCUGCUCAUCAUCCAACAGGAGCUCAGAGCACCAGGUAUUUCUUUUCAAAGACUGGUGAGGGAGGAGCAGGGUUUAGACCCUGAGAUCCAUUCAUCUAAAAUUAUGACGGUGUUGUUAGUGAGCCCAAAUGAGGAUGUCCCUCCAGAGGUCAAGUCUGUCUCCGAACAGCUGAGCAGCCCCCGCCACUCCCACAGAGACAUUACAAUCAGUCUGAUCCUGCAUGCCCUUCAGGCAGCUCUGGGUGCCAAACACCGCCUGCACACUCUGCACACGGUCCUACAGACAAAACAGCCAGAAGAGCUGGAGCAGCUCCUGGCAGCAGUAACAGACACUAUGGAGGCAGCAGCAUCCACAGCAGAUCUCAGCACAGCUAGAGAAGGUCUGUUGCACAGUAUGGAGAGGCUUGGAGACAGCCUUGCAGUCCCAACUGAAGCUGACGACAGCUCAGACUGUGGGGCUGUUGAGACUUUGGUGCUGCCCUUUCCCAAAUGUCACAUGUGCUCCUGGGAAAAAGACAACUUUGAUAUUCUGAGUGACAUUCUCGACGAGGAUUCCCCUCCAGACUGUUUCGACAAAACAGAACUACUUGAGGAUAAUAAUGAAGUAAGUGCAAGUGAGGAGACAGAUGCGGAGGACAAGAAAGUGGACAGUGAGUUUGAAAACCACCGCAUCUCCACCGCAUCCUCUUCCUCUAGGGACUCCAUGUUCUCCAGCUACUCUCUGUCCUCCAGCUGGUCCGUCCCGUCCACACAGUCAUGGUCUUCAGGGGUGGACAGUGACUACAGCGAGGACACAGAGGAAGGACAAGACAGCCAACCAAAUCCCAGGAGGAAACCCAAAAAGAAGUCCAAGUCCCUCUUAAGAGUGGACCGCCUCUCCUCACUUUUCAAGUCUAAUCGCAGCCCUUCUGUCUGCCGCCGUGUCCAGAGCAUGGGCUACCACGGUGAUGUCAUCAAGGACUUUCCAGCAAGUAGGCCACAGUUCCAGCGCUCCAAUUCCCUGCCCAGACCACUGCUGGGAUCAACUGUGUCCCCUCCUGUUGCUCGCUUGGAUCUCCUUUCUCCCAAGAAGCACAUGUGCGUCCGCAGGAGGCCCAUCCUGAGCUGCGAUGAGGGGGAUGUACCGAAAGUGACCACUCUGGUCAGGGUGGUGGUAUUUGGGGGUGACAAAGAGGCCGGCAGGCUGGCUAGGGCUUACAGUGACCUGCAGCAGAAGGAGAGCAAAUGUCCUCGUCUCACCAGGACGUGCAAGUUGCAGUUUUACUUUGUUCCCACCAAAAAAAGAAUUGUAGGAAGUCCAGGAGGAGGACAAAUCGCAACCGAGGAGCAAACAGGAACUCCAGUCAAAGCCACACCCCUGACGGAGUCUAAUGGCUUUGUUCAGGAGGACAACACAACUGAUAUCGCCCAGAUGAUGGGAAUGAUCGAUCCGUGGUACGAACGGAGCGUGCUCAGUCUGCUCAGCCUGUCCUCUGAGAUCCUUUGUCAGACAGCUGGCAAGGUGGACAGCACGUUGGUGAACAGUGGUGCUCUGGAGCGUCUUCCCCUGCUGGCUGACCUGGUGCUUUAUUACUGUAGACAUGCAGACCAGCCUGCCCUGGUGCAGCUCUACCAGGCUGAGCUGACCCUCGCUGGAGGAGAGAGGAGACGAGAGGUGUUUAUUCAUUCUCUGGAGCUUGGACACACCGCUGGAACACGAGCUGUCAAGGCUAUGGGCGCCGCCAGCAAAAGGUUUGGCAUUGAUGGUGAGCGAGAAGCAGUCCCUUUAACUCUAGGUGUUGCCUACAACAAGGUGGCUGUGAGUGGGAGGAGUCAGUGGACGCAGGCGGAGAUGGUUUGCACAUCAAUAAAUCUUUACAAAGCCUGCAAGAAACCUGAGCUGCUUGACUCACGGAUGGAGAGUCUGCAGCUGACAAUGACAGAAGUCCUAAAGAGACAGUCAUCCAAGUCUAAGAAGGGCUACAACCAGCACAUCUCGAUAUCAGAGGUGAAGGUGGACAAGGUCCAAGUAAGCGGUGAAGGUGAUGGGACAACCUUUGCUGUGUGUCUGGACCAGGACGAGAAGAAGAUCAUCCAGAGCGUCACCAGGUGUGAGGUGUCUCUGUGCUGCAAACCAGGAAGCAGCUCUGACUGGAGGUCUUACAAGCCGUCACCGGGCCAAAUCCAGCCCCUGCACCCUUCCUACUGCUCUCUCCUCUGCCUCCCCAUCACCACCUUCUCUGCCUCAUAUCCCUGACACUCGCACACUCGCUGCCACCACGCCGAGUCAAGCUCCACUGCACCAGGCCGAGCCACAGAACAGAGGAACUCACAGAUGAUGAUUAAAGGGACUUUUCCAGGACUUCAUUUUUAACACAAAAUUCCCAUUCAUUUCUAUUAAAAGAUUUUUGUUUUCCUGGCCUCUGUUCCUCAUCUCUAGCCUGUUAUACACAGAGGGGGGAAAGAACAUUAUUUGGAGUUAAAGGUGCACUGUGCAAAAUUAAGGAUUGAUUGAAAAGACCAUUAAGACUCGACUGACAAAUUUUGUGCUUAUUCCACACUCUCUGGCUGGACUGCAAGAGCGGGGCCAGCCCUGCAAACACAAACGCCACUGACUCACUGAGAGAUGAAGUCACACCAUUCGUUGGCAGAGUGCUGGGAUUUUCCCACUGGCUGUUAUCAUGAUGCACAUACGUCAUCAAAACAAGCCUCAAUACAUGCCUUCCAAAAUAUUUCCUGGAUUAAUCUUCAGAGCAGCUGCUUUUUAAAUGUAGUCACACCGCUGCUGCAGUAAUUAACUGUACUUGUACAAGUCGGCGACUGACUACCUUAACUCCCAGAUCUUAUUGAAGCAGGCUUAUUUCCAUGGCUGUAGCCACCUAUGAGGAUUUCUUAAAUAAAAUGAAUUAGUGAUAUUUAACUGUUUUGACAUAGUCUUGUUAUCUGUUAAGUCUAAAAUGUCCUCACUUUUUGGCAAGUUUCAUAUAUAUAUUCUUGAGAGUGUCUCAGAUGAAUUGUAAUUUUAAAGUAGAUACAGAGAAAAGCUUCCUCAGAGACUUGAGGGUGGUAACAUUUUUUCCAAUCCUCCAACUCAUAACCUCUGUAACCUCUAUAACAGUAUCACAACUCAUUUCCGUGACACACGAUUUUACUUGUGCAGUGGAGCUGACUGUUAAAUAUACAUUUGAAUGCUGGGAAAUGCAGAUAUGUACUUCAGGUGUUUGUACUGACAUGUUCCUCUUGUUUGUUACGCUUGUCACAUUGCAUUUAUUACCUCUUUCCUCCUCACAGAGGUUGUGGUUGGAAAACAAAGACAACAAAAAUUGCUGGUAUUGUUGGUAGGAGGAUAUAACAAGGAACUUGUCACGGCAGGAACAUUUUUUCAUUUGGAAAAUAUUUAAUGUUUCAAAUGUAACACCUGAAAACUGCCAACUUUAUUGCUAUUGUGUACAUUCUGUUGACCUACUUUCAACAGUGACAGGGUAAUAGCCGACUUACAAAUGUAUGUAAA